AUGUAUAUUCUACCAACACUGACGGUAGAUCUUCCAUCGUUCGUGAUCGCUGAUCCGAAAUGGCCGCAUCUUGAAAAUCUCCAGCUCGCUGACCCGCAUUAUCUACAGCCGCGUCCUGUAGAGAUUAUUCCAGGUGCAUCACCAGCCACACAGAUCAUGAACGCUGAGAUUAAACGUGGACUUCGUAAUUCUCCGAUUGCACAAUCCACCACGCUUGGUGGAUACCUGUGUUCAACGACGCUUACUUUCUCAAGACAGUCGGGACUGCUUGCCAAACGGGCUAGAAAUAGUCCAAGAUUACUCGCUGAAGUCGCUCCAGAAAAGCAGCUAGAAACACCGCUUAAAGAAAUCAGUGAUGCACCAGUAAAGUUUCUGGGCAUGUACUGGAAUUCACACACUGACGCUCUCCAGUUCAAGUACACGCUACCGCCAGAGACACCUAAGACAAAAAGAGCUCUUUUGUCUGAAAUCGCUAAGCUGUAUGACCCGCUAGGACUUCUCGCACCAAUUGUCGUCAAAGCCAAGAUCUUCAUGCAAGAUCGGUGGCUAGAUAGAGUGUCAUGGGAUGAACAAUUGUCACCAUCACUCAUUUAUAAAUGGACUGGAUACCGCGAGGAUCUUCGAAACAUCGAAUCCAUCCGCAUUCCACGCUGGAAUAAUAUUGCACCUGGAGCAACAAUAGAAUUGCACGGGUUCUCAGACGCUUCGCAAAACGCUAUGGCUGCCGCUGUUUAUUUGAGAGUCACUGACGCUGAUGGGAACACAAAGGUCUCACUUUUGUGUUCAAAAACGCAAGUAGCACCGCUGAAGACCAUGACAAUUCCACGCUUGGAAUUAUCUGCUGCAUGGUUGCUUACACAACUGAUACUUCAUGUCAAGGAAGUUCAGUCGCUUAAAAAUGUCAGGAUAAAUCUCUGGACUGACUCCGCUAUGACUCUAGCAUGGAUUAAAAGUCCAGCAACCCGCUGGAAGACAUUCGUCCGCAAUAGAGUGGGAAAAAUCCAAGAAACGCUUCAAGAUGUCUCCUGGAAAUUUAUUCCAGGAAAACAAAACCCCGCUGACUGCCCUUCAAGAGGUAUACCAACGCUAAAGCUAAAACAACACGCUCUCUGGUGGCAUGGACCAACUUGGCUUCAUGAACCAGAAUCCUCGUGGCCCACUCUGGAGCCUCCGGCUGACAACGCAACGCAUCGAGAAGAACGUCAAGGUCUGACACUAGUAACUUGGAAAGCAGAAAACUGCCUGCUCCAACAAUUACUAUCGCAUUACACGCAGCUGUUUCCACUGCUACGGAAGCUCAGCAUCUGGCAUCGUGUCAUCGACCGCUUCAAAAGAGUUCCACAAUCUUCGCUGGCCUACCCGCUUACUCCAUCAGACCUGGAGCGCGCUAAAUUGACCUUGAUAAAGUUCACUCAAGGACAAUACUUCGCUAGAGAGAUUCACACGCUUCAAGAUGGUGAUGGUCUGCCGAAAAAUAACUGCAUCACCAAGCUGACUCCGUUCAUCGACCAUCAGGGGGUCCUGAGAGUCGGUGGCCGCUUGAAACACGCAUUGCUGGACCCAGAAGAAAAGCAUCCAGCGACUCUACCACGACAAUCACCGCUUACAUCAAUCUUGAUUGAUGAUUCGCACCGCAAAACGCUUCACGGAGGUACUCAGCUUACGUUCGCUGACUUACGCAAGAAUGUCUGGAUCAUUGGAGGUCGUGUUCCAGUCAGAUCAUUCAUAUUACGCUGCACUAUCUGCACGAGACACCGUGGAGAACGCGCUCAACAGUUGAUGGGUCAACUACCUGCCGCACGAGUGCAGCCAACUCGAGCUUUCCUGCAUACAGGACUCGACUACGCUGGACCCAUCACUCUGAAAACUUUUCAAGGACGUGGAGCAAAAACAUACAAAGGCUGGAUUGCAGUCUUUGUCUGCAUGUUCAGCUCAGCUGUACAUCUAGAGCUAGUCACUGACUACACCGCUGCCGCCUUCAUUGCCGAUUAUCGCCGCUUUACUAGUCGCAGAGGAGCAGAUAAAGAGCUGAAACGACUAUUCGCUGCAGGAUCCCGCACACUUCGAGAAUUAUCAGUUUUAAUCGCUCAAAAUGGCACGAACUGUAAGUUCAAUCCGCCUGGAGCUCCACAUUUUGGAGGAAAGUGGGAAGCCGCUGUGAAAUCUAUUAAGUUUCACCUUCGAAGAACAAUCGGAGACUCGCUGUUGACGCUUGAGCAAUAUUCAACGCUACUGGCUCAAAUUGAAGCCAUCUUGAACUCCAGACCGCUCAUACCGCUGAAUGAAGAUCCUGCUGACCUGGCAGUACUGACACCAGGUCAUUUCUUAAUCGGACAGUCACUAACCGCAGUUCCGGAGCCAUCGCUGACAGAAGUACAACCCGCUCGGCUCUCGCAUUGGGAACAAGCCCAGCAAAUGGUUCAACAUUUCUGGAAACGCUAUUAUCAGGACUGCAUCCACCGCUACCAGGCCAUUUCCAAGUGGCAUCAUCAACGCAACGAGAUCAAAGUGGGUUCAGUUGUACUGAUCACCACUGAAGAUCUCCCGCCAACCAAGUGGCCAUUAGCCAAAGUCAUCGUUCUCCAUCCAGGGGAAGAUGGACAAGUCCACGUGGUAACUGUCAAGACAGUUAACACAGAGCUAGUACGUCCAAUUACAAAGCUCUGUGCCUUGCCGCUAACACAUGAAGAAGACGAUCUUGUCGACGCAGCCGCCAACCCGGGGGAGAAUGUUCAGUGA